CGGAAGGCGGGGCGUGGGGUCGGUGGCUGCUGGGCUGGCGGGGCGCAGGCCGCGGGACCCGAGCCUGGGGGAGCGAGAGAGCGGAGGCGCCGAGGAUCCGAUUCACUCGCUGGGGAGACCUAUGGGCCGAAGCCGUGUAAAUGCGUUUUAAGGGUCCUCGGCUCCGCAACUGCCACUCCUCCUCGGGGUGUUGCACAAGUUUCGAGGUCACCGGCGACCCCCCCUAGCAGCGCGCCUGGCUCUGGCCCCCGCGAAGGAGGACGGAGCUUGUGUGUUGCAUACUUUCUAAGGCGGCGGCUGCAGCAGCGGCUCCAUCCAGCCCGUCAGCUCCUCCUGCAAGGCAUGGCUGGCUACCUGAGUGAAUCGGACUUUGUGAUGGUGGAGGAGGGCUUCAGUACCCGAGACCUGCUGAAGGAACUCACUCUGGGGGCCUCACAGGCCACCACGGAUGAGGUAGCUGCCUUCUUCGUGGCUGACCUGGGUGCCAUAGUGAGGAAGCACUUUUGCUUUCUGAAGUGCCUGCCACGAGUCCGGCCCUUUUACGCUGUCAAGUGCAACAGCAGCCCAGGUGUGCUGAAGGUUCUGGCCCAGCUGGGGCUGGGCUUUAGCUGUGCCAACAAGGCAGAGAUGGAGUUGGUCCAGCAUAUUGGAAUCCCUGCCAGUAAGAUCAUCUGCGCCAACCCCUGUAAGCAAAUUGCACAGAUCAAAUAUGCUGCCAAGCAUGGGAUCCAGCUGCUGAGCUUUGACAAUGAGAUGGAGCUGGCAAAGGUGGUAAAGAGCCACCCCAGUGCCAAGAUGGUUCUGUGCAUUGCUACCGAUGACUCCCACUCCCUGAGCCGCCUGAGCCUAAAGUUUGGAGUGUCACUGAAAUCCUGCAGACACCUGCUUGAAAAUGCGAAGAAGAACCAUGCGGAGGUGGUGGGUGUGAGUUUUCACAUUGGCAGUGGCUGUCCUGACCCUCAGGCCUAUGCUCAGUCCAUCGCAGAUGCCCGGCUCGUGUUUGAAAUGGGCACCGAGCUGGGUCACAAGAUGCACGUUCUGGACCUUGGUGGUGGCUUCCCUGGCACAGAAGGGGCCAAAGUGAGAUUUGAAGAGAUUGCUUCCAUGAUCAACUCAGCCUUGGACCUGUACUUCCCAGAGGGCUGUGGCGUGGACAUCUUUGCUGAGCUGGGGCGCUACUACGUGACCUCAGCCUUCACUGUGGCAGUCAGCAUCAUUGCCAAGAAGGAGGUUCUGCUGGACCAGCCUGGCAGGGAGGAGGAAAAUGGUUCCACCUCCAAGACCAUCGUGUACCACCUUGAUGAGGGCGUGUAUGGGAUCUUCAACUCAGUCCUGUUUGACAACAUCUGCCCUACUCCCAUCCUGCAGAAGUCUAAGAACCACCCACCCUGCUACAUGUCUCUAGAGUCCAUUCAUUUCAUUGCCGUGUAGCGCUCUUUUGGGAGGGACAUAGGUUUUCUGCUGGAACCAGGCAUCUGCUGUGAAAAGCGCAGGAAUCCUGGGAAGAUCUCAUGGCUGGCUACAGUGAGACCCAGGUGUAGCUGAUUCCCUCUUCUGAGCAAGUCCACUGAGGGGGCAUUCUGUGGCUUUUGAAAUGACAGUGGCUGUCAUGGAGUUUGAACGGAUUUCUCACUGGAGCCUUUCUAGUGUUUCAUGUUCCAUUUGCAGCAAGGAUGUGAAAUUUACUUUUCCAAGAAAGAUACAUGCAGAACUUGAUGUGGCUUACUUGAGGAUAAUAGUUAAUAGUCAUUUUUUCCCAGUUAUUUGUUUUUGUUUCUUAUUUCAAUCUUUUCCUAAAGAGAAGAAAAAAGCCUGAAAUCUGGAGAAUGGUAAGGGGCUUCAGGCUUGUGCAGGCGAAUCUAAGCAGGGGUCUCCUGGACCCCUGGCUGCAUGGGCACUGCCUCCUCCAAGCUCCCUGCUGAGCGACCCACUGGCAGUGGCUCCUCAUGCCUCCUGGCUGCCUUGGAAGUCAGAUGUUCCUGUUGGCCUCUCACAGACCCAUCCUUCCCUGGGGCAUCACCUGAGGAACAUCCUCUUCCCAAUGCCUCCCUACAACCCACCUGUGCCUCCUGAAGCCCCUCCUGUGCGCACACUCACUCUCUCUCAUUCUCUCCCUCAAGGAGUUAACAGAUCUGAGCUUCCAUCUUCUCAUACUCAGGCCUGGCCCCUUCUUCCCCUUUCCCCUCCACAGUCCAUCCUCCAUUCAGCAGCCAGAUGCCGUACCUCCUGGGAUUCCGUUUCACCAAGAAUGAAAUUUAAAGUCCUUGGCCAGCUGGCUCUCUGACUCCCACACUUCCCUCUCACGCACUGAGUCCUGGCCACACUGGCCUCCUCUCUGUUCUACAAACACUCCACUGCUGGGCAUGCAUUUACUGUCCCCUCUCUAGAAUGAUCUUCCUGGGUUAUCUGUGGGCCUCACUCACUUCAUUCAGGUUCUGUGCAAAUGUUUUCUUUAGGUGAAGCCUUCUGGAUCACCCUUUAGAAAAUAGCAUGUCCCAGUCUCUCUUUUCUCUUAACUAGUUUUCUUUUUCUUCAUAGCACCUACCACCACUCAACAUACUCUAUAACAUAACUCCAUAAUGUGUUCCAUAACACAAGGGCAACUGUCAGCCCUUCUAGAAUGUGAGCUCUAGGCUCUUGGAAUAAACCUGAUUUAUUUUUUCACUGCUGUGUCCUUAUUACCUAGAACGGAGUAGGUGUUCAAAAAGUAUAUCUGGAUGGGCAAAUGAAUAAACAUGUCUGAAUCUGUCUGAAUAAACAUGCUCUUAACCUGUCUGAA